CAUCUUUUCAAGAUGGCGGUUGUGUGUUGAAGCUUUGUUAGCAGAGUCUCAACUUCCUCUAAUAUCUCAUAGAAAUGAAACGUCGAGACCGCUGUAGGCGCAGAUAAACCUGGAACCGGAUUAAAACUGGACUUUGACUUGUUAACCUUUUUAAUCACUAUUUGACAUCUGACGCUUUGCCGUUAGUUCCCAAGGCAACGCUAGCGGAGUUAGCUUAGCUUGCUAACUGGGCCUUUUGUGUGCGGAAACAGUUUGUGUCAUUGUGUGAAAAAUGUCUAAAGUCCAAAUGCUGAGAGCGUUACUGAAGCAGAAACUACCUGCAGAUGAUGAAGAAGAGAUAUUUGAGCUGUUUGAGAGAACGAUAGCAGAAUACGAGGAGGAACUUUGUCGAUUAAAAGAGGAGAUCGAGCGACAAAGAAAACUACUGAAUGCUGUUUACAAGUCCGAAACAGAAGAUGAGCAGGAGCUGUUUGUGAUUAAAGAAGAAGUCUCCCCUGACCAGCAGAAGUCGAGCUGUAGUGGGGACCAAGAGGACACGGAACUUGCUCACGUUAAAGAAGAGGAGCUGUGGUUCAGACAAGAACACAACCAAGAAUUGGAGGAGUCUGACAUCAUCAAAUUCACAUACUCUCCUGUCCUUGCGAAGUUUGAAGAUGGCGUGAAACCUCAUUCACAGCUUUGCCGACCACAAACUCAGGAUAAUAUGGAGACAGAGCAUCUAGAUAGAAGUUCAGUCGAACAGGGCAAAGCAGAAAAUGAUUUAGAGGGUUGUGUACAAUCAGAACCAGCAAGCAAUUUGGAUCCAGACAGUCACUUAUACUUACAUGUGGAUGACAUGAUUUCAGAUCCAUCUGAAGCAGAGACUGUUGUCAGUGAUGUUGAUUGGAAAGAGACCAGUGAAUCUCAGUCAGGUUUCAAUUCUCCAAAAUCUGCACCUGACAGCAGAGAUAUUACUGACACAAAGCCGUUUACAUGCUCUGAGUGUAAGAGAGGAUUUGGUAAAAGAGACACUCUCAUGAGACACAUGAGAAUUCAUACAGGAGAGAAGCCAUUUAGUUGCAGUGAAUGUGGUAAAAAGUUUGGCCAAAAGGCCAAUCUCAACUGCCACAUGACGAUGCAUACAGGAGAAAAACCAUUUAGCUGCCCUAAAUGUGGUCAAAAUUUUCGGCACAAGGGCACUCUAAAGAAGCACAUGAUAAUGCACACCGGAGAGAAACCGUUAAGCUGCACCUAUUGCGGUAAGAGGUUUGGCCACAACAGCAAUCUGAAGGCGCACAUGAUAAUUCAUACAGAAGAAAAACCAUUUAGCUGUUCAGAGUGUGGUAAAAGGUUUAACUUCAAUAGCAAUCUAAAAAAACACAUGACAAUCCACACAGAUGAGAAACCACUGAGCUGCUCUGAGUGUGAUAAAAAGUUUGGCCACAUCAGCAAUUUAAAGGCGCACAUGAGAAUUCAUACAGAAGAGAAGCCAUUUUGCUGUUCCCAGUGUGAUAAAACAUUUGGCCAAAGCAGCAGUUUAAAGACACACGUGAGAAUUCAUACAGAAGAGAAACCAUUUAGCUGCUAUGUAUGUGGGAAAAGAUGUGCCCACAAUGGCAAUCUGAAGAAGCACAUGAGAAUUCACACAGGAGAGCAACCAUUUAGGUGUUCUGAAUGUGGACAAAGGUUUUCUCAAACCAGCAGUCUGAAGAGACACAUGAAAACUCAUGCUGAGACUAGAAACAAUUUAAUUCCUCCUUUAGAGGUGAUGUAAUAGACAGCAGCUCCUUUCCAUUAACAGCAGUGGACACAGAAACUGAGACCUCAAGACCCCC